AUGGCCGAUCACUCCGAGCAUCAGCAGCAGCAGCAGCAGCAGCAAGGGGCCGCAGCUGGUUCGGCGCCGAGCUUGAAGCUGGUGAAUCGUCUCCACGAAAGUCGAUCUCCUUAUAAUGGAAUCGUCAAUGUUAACGCUAUUGAACUGGCGAAGGAACACAAUCGUCUGAUUUUCGUCAGUAUCGGUUAUUCGGCAUGUCAUUGGUGCCAUGUCAUGGAGAAGGAAUCGUUCAUGUCAACAGAGGUGGCGAGCAUCCUCAACGAGUCAUUUAUACCGGUCAAAGUAGACCGAGAGGAGCGACCGGAUAUCGACGAUGUAUAUAUGAACUACGUGCAGGCCAUAACCGGCUCGGGUGGCUGGCCGCUGAACGUCUUCCUUACUCCAAAUCUCGAGCCCGUCUUUGGUGGAACAUACUGGCCCGGUCCGCAAUCGAGUUCGCACUCGCAAUGGGGUGCUGAAGAUCCCAUUGGCUUCGUUGACAUCCUGGAGAAGCUCCGUGAUGUAUGGCAGACACAGCAAGCAAGAUGCUUGGACAGCGCGAAGGAAAUCACCAAACAGCUGCGGGAGUUCGCAGAGGAGGGCACCCAUUCACAGCAGCAAGGAAGUAAGGAGGGUGGCGAGGAUUUGGAAAUUGAGCUCUUUGAAGAAGCCUUCCAGCAUUUUGCGUCGCGCUACGAUCCUGUUUAUGGUGGGUUUGGUCGUGCGCCGAAAUUCCCUACGCCUGCAAACCUGAGCUUCCUAAUCCGACUUGGUAUGUACCCAACUGCGGUAUCGGAUAUUGUCGGUCAGGACGAUUGUGCCAGAGCCACAGCAAUGGUUGUCACUACUCUUUUGAAUAUUGCUCGCGGUGGAAUUCGCGACCAUAUCGGACAUGGGGUGGCACGGUAUAGUGUAACGGUCGACUGGUUGCUGCCUCAUUUUGAGAAGAUGCUCUAUGACCAAGCUCAGUUAUUGGAUGUCUAUGUGGAUGCAUUCCGGGCGACGCAUGAACCGGAGUUUCUGGGUGCCGUCUACGACCUUGUCAGCUACUUAACCACUGAGCCAAUACAGGCUGCUAAUGGCGGGUUUUAUUCUUCCGAGGAUGCUGAUAGCUUGCCGACGGCAAAUGAGACCGAAAAACGAGAGGGCGCGUUUUAUGUGUGGACGAUGAAAGAGCUGAAACAAGUUCUUGGGCAGCGGGACGCCGGCGUAUGUGCGCGACAUUGGGGCGUGUUGGCAGACGGCAACAUUGCACCGCAGAACGAUCCGCACGAUGAGUUUAUGAAUCAGAAUGUGCUGUCGAUCAAGGUGACACCCAGCAAACUGGCCAAGGAAUUUGGGCUUAGUGAAGAGGAGGUGAUCAGAAUCAUCAAGACAGGGAAACAAAAGCUUCGAGAGUACCGAGAAAGGACGCGUGUACGGCCCGACCUCGACGACAAGAUCAUUGUGUCAUGGAAUGGGCUGGCCAUUGGCGCGCUAGCAAAGGCCAGUCUUCUGCUGGACGAGGUCGACAAAGUGAAAGCGCAGCAAUGCCGAGAUUCGGCGCAAAAGGCAGUGCAAUUUAUCAAAGACAACCUCUUUGAAACUUCGAAUGGUCAGUUGUGGCGUAUUUAUCGGGACGGUAGUCGUGGGAAUACCCCUGGAUUCGCUGAUGACUAUGCAUUUUUGACAUAUGGUCUUAUUGCCAUGUACGAGGCGACUUUUGACGACAGUUAUCUACAAUUUGCGGAGCAACUACAGCAACAUCUAAACAAACAUUUCCGCGCCCCCGGUGCAGAGCCCGGCACUUCAGCGGGAUAUUAUACGACGUCGUCAGAAGCAAUCCCAGGCGAGCCAGGGCCACUCCUACGGCUCAAGAGCGGCACGGACUCGGCAACACCAUCGAUCAAUGGCAUCAUAGCCCGGAACUUGGUGCGACUGGGAUCUCUCUUAGAGGACGACAGUUACCGACAGCUAGCGCGACAGACGUGCAACACGUUUUCGGUUGAAAUGAUGCAGCAUCCGUUCUUGUUCGUGAAUCUACUGGAUGCGAUUGUUGGUCUGGAGCUGGGCGUGAAAAACGUCACCGGUGUUCUUGCUGCGGAUACGCAGGAUGCGCUACGUGAGCGAAUCCGUGCUGAGGCCGGGCCAGCAGCGUCUACGUCGACGACGACCGUGGCCAUGGUUGAUAUUCGGGCAUCGUCACAGUGGCUCCAGACGCGAAAUCCACUGUUCAAAGACCUCAAGCCCGGGACGCCGCCGAAGAACUUUUUGCUUGUUUGCGAGACGGGCAGUUGCCGAGUGGUGGAUUUGUAG